UUACGUCACAGCAGCAAUUCAGUGGUGAGUCUUUCAGUGUGCUUCAGAGAGAGUUGGAUGAGAGAGUGUGACUGAAUGAGAGAGUCUGUGGGAAGAUAAAUUAAUAGUAGGUAGUAGCGCCCUUGGAGAAAGAAUGGUCUUGUUCAUAAUAAGCAGAGGAUUCUGGAUGCUUUCUUUACACAAACAGCAAUCAUUUGUUCUACCUCUUUUCUUAUGUGCCCUUCAGUUCUGCUGUUCAGUGAUAACCUGGCCAUAUGUGUCCAGAGUGCAGGAGGAUAAGUGUCCUGGUCCUCACUGGAAUGCCAUGUGUCGGUCCUGCUGCGAGUAUGAGCUGAUCCGUUGUAAGUGUCCAUCUGAGAGGACACGGGUGGGUUACGCUGUGCCCUGCUGCCGCAACGACAUCCACCAGUGUGACCCCUGUAUCAUCCACCAGGGCUGCAGUGUGUUUGAUAACUGUAAGAGAUGUGAUAAUGGCACAUGGAAGGCAAAGGAUGAUUUCUACAUCAGUGGAAAGUACUGCACUGAGUGUCGAAAGGGAUGGUCUGGCGGGGACUGUCUCACAUGUGGAGAAGUAAUACGGAGGCCUCAAGGUCAUGUGACCCUGGAGACUUAUCCAGUCAAUGCCAAAUGUGACUGGACACUCCAAGUCAGCAAUGGGUUGGCCAUGGAAUUCAGGUUUACGAUGCUUAAUCUGGAGUUUGAUCACCGGUGUCGCUACGACUUUGUAGAGCUCAGAGAUGGCGACAGCAUUCAAUCGCCUCUGAUCGGCCGAUACUGUGGAGACAAAAUCCCGCCACCAAUCAGGAGCUCAGGAAACUCGCUGCAUAUCCAUUUCGUUUCAGACGGCUAUAAUAAUUAUGACGGUUUCUCUGCUACGUUUCAGGAACUCUCAGUGUGCAACCCCAAUCCGUGUAUGAACGGCGGUAUUUGUUCACUGGAUACAGUUAAAACUUUCCGCUGUGCUUGCCCAGCAGGUUACACAGGUCUACAGUGUGAGAACAAAUCUGGCUGUGUAACCCCUCAGAAGCCUGCUCAUGGGGACCUUUUCCUGCUGUACGACAACGGAGACAUCGCCACUAGCGUUCGGUACCUGUGCUUUAAACCUUACAAGCUUAGAGGAGUCUCACAGAGGUUGUGUCUGUCCAACGGCACCUGGAGUGGGACAGCUCCCACAUGCACCAGAGACACAGAAGUCAUAAGGAAACAAUGCCCCCCGUUAUCACAGCUACAUCACGGAUACUUAAAGAUUAUCGGCUCAUCCGGUGUUAUAGAGAGCGUAGAAUUUUCCUGCAAUAAUUCUUAUGUCCUCAGUGGAAACUCCAAAAGAACAUGCCAGCUCGAUGGAACCUGGAGCGGCAGGCAGCCACAGUGUAUUAAAGCUUGUCGGGAACCAAAGAUUUCAAAGCUAGUGCGACAGAAGGUCUUGAAGCCACAAAUUCCAUUAAGGAAGAGUCCACUUCACAGGCUCUACUCCUCCCUCCAGCCUCAUGAAAGCGAAAGCAGCAGUAUAGAGAUAGUGCAGGUUGAAUUACCGACAGGAUUCCAUCACCUCUACACAAGCAUAGAGUAUGAGUGCAUCUCUCCUCUAUACCAGCACUCUGGAAGUGCUCGCCGGACAUGCCUUAAAACUGGGAAGUGGAGUGGACGCCAUGUUACCUGUUUACCAGUCUGUGGUAAGCUCUCAUCCAAACCUCAGAACCUGGCACAAACCCACUGGCCAUGGCAUGCAGCCAUAUACCACCGUCUUCCUGACCACACCAGUCCCAUUACAGGGACAACCAGCAGACAAGGGGACAUGUUUUCUGCAGAUGACUAUGACUACUGGCAGGAGAAGAGCAUGGAGGAGACGUGGCAUCUGGUGUGCAGUGGUGCUUUGGUGAGCCAGCAUGCUGUCCUGGUGCCAGCACACUGUGUAACUGAGUCUGGACACUCACUACCCUACAACAUGGCUGAUCUAAAAGUAGUGCUGGGAGAGAAUAAGAGGCUUCAGCACCUGAAGGUCUCAGAGGUCCUGGUUCAUCCCAGCUAUGAUUCUACUGGAUUUGACUCCGACCUAGCUAUACUGAAGCUAGUGGAGAAGGCGAGGAUCAGCGAGUUCAUUUCUCCUGUGUGCUUGCCUCGUCUGCAGGGAGGGGAGCUCACUGUGAACCAGGCUUACAUCACUGGCUGGUCGGUAGCAAAAAAGCAUGAAACACACUCUCAAGUGGCUCAGACCGGAACGAUUGAACUAACCGAUGUGUUGCAGUGCGAAAGACAGUAUGCUAAACAAGGGUUUGCCAAUAGCAUUACUGAUAAUAUGUUGUGUGGGAGACAGCAUCCUAUCAGUUCUAGUACAGUCUGCCCUGCCAGAUCAGGGGGAAUCAUACUUUUACCUACUGCACCACAGCACAGGAGAGCAAAAGAUAACAUCUCUGCGACAAUCUGGGAACUGCUGGGCCUGGUGAGCUUUGGUUUCGAUGUGCAAAACUGUAAUCCACGCUUGUACACAGUGUACACACGAGUGGGCAACUUUAAGAAAUGGAUUGAGAAUAACAUGAAGUAAUAUUCGCUUAGCAUACAGAUGUGACAAAUCAGGAAAUGGACAAUAGCACAAUGGAAUGGAUUUAUGUGUAAGGAACUGCUGAUGUCAUUAUAAAAAUGUUAUGAAGUGUGUGUUGCUAUAUUUUGCAUCAUUUUCAACAGAAUGUUUUGCAAAUUGUGUGUGUGCGAUACUUUGUUUAUACUUUGUUUAUUGUGUUAAGUAUCACACAUACAACAAGUUCUUCAGCACAAUCAUAAAUCUUUAGGGCAUCAGUUCAAGCCUGUUAUCAGCCUGUGUCUUGCCAAACAUGUUUGUACUCUUACAUGCACAGACAAGAAUUUUUUGUCUGUGUGAGGCCAUUUGGACUCUUAUAAUCUUCAACUGGUUUCAACCACUACAGAUUCAGUAACAUUUCAACUCUAUUUCCUUCUGAUCCACUGUCCAGAGCUCAGCUUCUUUAUGUAUUAUAAAGUCACUCUUGUGUUUGAGCUCCAUAAGCUCAUCCUUUGUCUCUGGUUAUGAUCCACAGAGAGCUUAUACGUGUCAAGUUUAUUUGGCUGUUGCCUGGAUUAGUAGUCUAAUUACAUGCAGACCACCUCCGAGUAAAAGAAUGGUGUACAUUUUGAAUACUACUGUUUUACAAAAAUAUGAGAAGGCCUACAACUAAUCUAAAACAAGAGCAGAGACAUUUUCUCGUCUUCUCUACAUCACCCGAUCAAUUUGACUAAAAGGGGCUAAAAUACUUAUAGUCAUUCAAAUUAAAAACCAACACUGAGCAGGUUUUUAUUUAGAAAAUUAAACAGCACAUGAGGUUUUAUCAUGUCCUCAGGCCUGCAGUCUUUUCACAAGCCAAAGCUCACUGUUUUAGUUCUGGUCAUUAAGAAUUAACCUCAGCCUCAAUGAUUAAUGCUUUAAAAUCUGUGUGGACAAAUUGGGUAAAAGAGCUCAAUACUGUAUUCUGGACCAUCAUCCAUCAUUGCAAGUUUAAACCAAAACACAUGGUAAUAAAACUUUGUUUCUAACUCACUCCCUUCGCUUGUAUUUUUAACAAGUAGAUUAAUAACAGGUGACUCAUACACUGAAACCGCUCUCAAAAUAUUUGUUCUGUAUAGCGACUUAAAAUGUGUGAAGAUGGAAUGAGAUUGAAGUAAAGUAAGAGGUAAUAAGAGUUUUUAGACGGCCGAGUUAUUUCUAGUCCGGGUUUAUAAAGGGCUCAGUGCUGACUGAUCAUCCCGUGUUUCUGUAAAUAGAUAAGAUUAGGUUGGGUCACUUGCAUAUCUGUGUAUAAGAGCAUGUAGAGGACAUUCACUUUAUCUGAUGCGGCAAAGCAAGGAAAACUGUUGUAGGAAAUUGUCACGCAUGAAUGGUAGGUGCAGCUGAGUCAGGGAACAUAAAAAAACGAUCAUCUUACAGCAUGUGAAUUUUCUCCGUUAUCACACCGGUUUAACUGCCAGUGAGGUUGCAUGCAUUUACGGUCAUGUUCCAAUGUGGGCAAAAUGACUUUUUUGUGGAACUACCACAUACAUAAAUGUAAUAUUCAAUAGAGUAAAAUAUUUAAAAAUAAAUAAAUAAAUGAUUUAGGUGCACGGAUUUGUAAAACCAAUUUAUUUACUUUAAUUUAAAUUGUAAAAUGUAAACAUAUCAAAACUUUAAUGCUUCCUAAAUAGGGUCAAAACUGGGCCUGAAUCUUGAGAACAAACUAAAUAAAAAUUAAUUCUUCGUGGAAAGUUCAGAACUAAAAAAUUUCUUUAGCUCUAAUAAAGAGGCAAAAUAUAAUUCCACACAUUUAAAUACAGGCCCAAAAUUUAAAUACAGUAUGUUCAUAAAAUAAAUUUGCACUUUAUUUUGUACAGUUAUAUUGUGAUAGUAUUGACAGUUCUGGCUAUUUUUUAAGCUACUGACCUCCUGAAAGCCACACAUGCAAAAAUUAGCAUCACUGCUAUAUGCAACAUACUUGGCUAGCAUGUGGCUAUACACAGUGGAACCUCGGCAUAUAAAUGCUCUCCCUUGCGAAUUUUCGUCUUAAGAAUUGAAAUUUUGCAAGAAAUUCGUAUCGAAUUGAAGCAAACUGUUUAUGAAUUUUACGAAAUAUUUUCCAGUCAGUCAAAAAAGAGUUUUGAAAAAAGUCAGUUUCAAAAGAGUCAACCCACGAUACCAGCGUUGCCUUUGACAUGCAUUCAGAUUGGUGGUCAGUUCUUUGUAAGCAGCCAUACAGUUUACAUACGCUUCGUAUUGGUAAUAUUUUUGGGUGGCUGAAACAGAUUAUCUGCAUUUACAAUUUUUCCUAUAGCAUAAUUCAUUUUGCAGUACAAAAUUUCACCCUAAGAACUCACUUCCAGAACGAAUUACAUUUGUACACCAAGGUUAAAUUGUAUACGUAUACCCAUAUAUGGUCCUGUUGCCACAAAACUGGAAGCAUAGAACUGCCUAGAAAGAGUUUGUAUGCUGUAGAAGUAUGAUUUCCCUUCACUAGCACAAAGAAGCCCAAACCUGUCCAGCAUGACGAUGGUACUGUGCAUAAAGCACAAAGCAAAGUUUCUAAAGUUUUGCCAAGGUUAGUGUGGAAAAACCUGCAUAGAUCCCUGACAUCAAGUGACUGAAAACCUUUGGGAUGAACUGGAACGCUGACUUUACCUCAGGCUUCCUCAUCUAACAUCUGAACAGCACCUGAAUAAUGCUCUUAUGGCUGCAUGAUCACAAAUACCCACAACAACAUCUACAAAUCUAAAAUCUAGUGGAAAGCCUUCGCCAAAGAGUAGAGGUAAUUAUAACAGGAAAGGAGGGCUAGAUUUGGAUAUGGGAAGUCCAAAAAGCAAAUAUGGGAGUGAUUGAUCAGAGGUCCACAGAGGUCAGACCAACAAUGAAAUAUCUCUUAAAUUUUCCAUUUGUUCUUUCGCACUUUAGCUAGAAUGGGAUAACAUAAAAAUCAUCUGAAGAAGAUCACAUGAGGAUAACAGGCUGAAUUAGCAUAGUAAUAUAUGCUUAAUUAUUAUAAUGAUAAUAAUAAUAAUAAUAAUUAUUAUUAUUAUUAUUUAUUUUGUAGGUGAAAAAAUCAUUUACUACUGUAUAUCCCGAAGCAAAUUGCAAUUCAUCUUUUAUUCUCCACGUUUCAAGUCUCUCAGUUAUUUCUUAGAAAUCUGUGUGAUUGCAUCAUAAGCAUAGUUACUGAUUGCAAGGGCUGUGCACAUCAAGCAGUACAGUUGUAUGUAAGAAUCUGUUCUUUUGCUACCGCAGAAUAAAGCUAAAACAAUUAAAAUUAGCUUGUGUGUGAAAUUUACUGUAUCGGGUCAAAAUGUAUGUAGUAAAAAGUGUGACAUUUCUUUGCACACACCCUCUACAUGUAGUUUCCUUGCUAUAUAUGAAAAAAAAAAAAAAGAAAUAAGCAAUUUCCAAACUUGUAAUUAGAAGCUUUUGUGUCCUUAUUAAACAUUUGUGCACAUAAUUGCUUUGAG